ACAAUGUCCCAGACGAUGCAGACUGCAACCAGGAGAACUCCUAUCGCAUAUGACUACCCACUCUCAGAUCCUGUCACUGACGAAGAACUAAAUAUCCUUCUCAUUGUCAACGGAUGUGUACUCUUGGGCCUUUUGAGCGCAUUUGGCAGCAUCUGCAACGUUAUCAACAUCGUUGUGUUUCUCCGAAUGGGUUUUAAAGACACUAUCAACAUAUCUUUGUUUUGCAUUGCUGUUGAUGACACUGGCGCUUUGAUUACCCUAAUAUGGGGCACUAUAUGUUUGAACCCUCUGAUGAUUCACAAAUUUGAGGAUUUGGAAAUGUCAGAAAUUAAUUAUGUAACGUCGGCUUGGCCGCACAGUUAUUUUGUCCGUGUCACUGGUUUUACUACUUGCGUGGUCACAAUUGAAAGAUAUAUCUGUAUUGCCUAUCCAUUAAAAGUACGCAACAUUGUGACGUCUCGACGAACAGUUAUCAUAAACAUCAGUUUGUUUGUCAUUCUGUCCGCUGGAAUAGUCCCUUUGUUCGCCUCAACCUACGCUGUUGUUAGGGCCAGUAUCAGCAAAAACCGUACUGUCACCGGACUUAUAACAAAAGAAGCUUUGGUCAUCGAAAAUUACGUCAGAUAUUCUAACAAUAUUUUAAGGCCAAUCACUUUUAUCAUCGUUCUUUUUAUGACAAUUUUAUUAAUAUACAGACUCAAGAGAACUGCAGAGUGGAGGAAUUCAACGGCCACAAAUUCUAAACAAGGCACAAUUUCCAAGCGAGAUCAUAAAGUUGUCGUAAUGGUGCUGUUUAUUUCAAUUUUCUUCAUCGUGUGUUAUUUCCCAAUUUUCGUGAACUUUUUUGGAA